AUGGACAUCUGCAAUCGUGACGCAAGCGACCAAGAAUCCCAGACGCCGAGUCCCAACAAGGCAGGGUCAAAGAAACGACCCCACGGGCCGGAGGGAGAGGAUAAUGGAGAAGCGCCGAAGCAGAGGCGACGUCGGUUGCCGAGCAGCAAGAGAGAGUGGCAGGAAGGCCAAUCAUCCUCAUCCCCGAACCCAGUCGCUACAAACCCCAGCAGCACCAAACCCGAUUACAUUUCCGACCCCGACGACAACGAGACCGAGAGCGCCGAUGAUGCCUCUCCGCCCACGGCCCGGCCACGGAUGAAGAAAACGCGUCGUCCCCCGGGCAAGGGCCAGCACAACCUGGUCGAGCAGAAGUACCGCCAGAAGCUUAACAGCCACUUCAAGCGCCUUCUCGAAGUCCUGCCCGCGGCCAACAGCACAGGAGAAAGCGGCAAGUUACGCAAGCCGCCUCCUUCUGUCCCCUCACCACCUCUCCACCUCCCUCCUUUUCUUUCUCCCCCUUCCGGAGGAAGAGAAGUCCCCAGCAGGAAGCCGCUCCCGUCUGUCCCUCCUCCUCCUCAACCCCUUCUCCCUCCGGGAGGAAGCGGAGCCCCGAACAGCUCGCAGGUGCGGAUACCGCUACCGCCGCUUACGCUGACUUCCCACGAGCCGGUCGUGGUCAGCGCGAGGGGCCCGCUCCCGGAAGGCGCCGCCGGCAAGACCAGGUCGUCCAGCAGCGGCAGCGGGUCCGAACACGAUGCUGCCGGGACCGGCGGUGGGUUUGGUGAGCGGAGGGUGAGCAAGGGGGAGGUGCUGGAGCGCGCGCGGCUGUAUAUCCAGGCUCUGGAGCAGAGGCACAGGCGGCUGGUGGCGGAGAAGAUGGAGUUGGAGUUGCUGUGGGAGCAGAACUACAAAUGCAAGGAGACCGGGAGUGCUGGCCGGCAGGUCCCGAAUUAA